AUGGACGACGCAACAGCUUCGGAGCUGAACAAAUCAGGUAGCGGAGGAUCGGAGCGAGAUGCCGGCGAAGAUAAAGAUAGAGGAAUUUUCGAGUUUUUCGGUUGGGUUUAUCACUUGGGAGUUAAUUCCAUUGGUCGUGAGUAUUGUCAUCUCCGAUUCCUUUUCAUUAGGGGAAAGUAUGUUUCUAUGUACAAGCGUGAUCCUCAUGAAAACCACGCCAUUAAACCUAUUAGGAAAGGGGUUGUAGGUCCCACACUAAUGGUGGAGGAGCUAGGGCGCCGGAAGGUCAAUGAUGGGGAUCUUUAUGUUUUACGGUUUUACAAUCGAUUAGAUGAGGCCAGAAAGGGAGAAAUUGCUUGUGCUACAGCUGGGGAGGCCCGGGGAUGGAUAGAAGCAUUUGAUCAUGCCAAGCAACAGGCUGAGUAUGAAUUGUCCAAAGGUGGUAGUGCCAGAGACAUACUAAACAUGGAGGCCGAGAUCAAUCUUGAAGGACAUCGGCCUAGAGUGAGGCGGUAUGCCCAUGGAUUAAAGAAGCUAAUAAGAAUUGGCCAAGGCCCAGAGACACUGUUACGGCAAUCAUCAAAGUUGGCUGGUAGGGCAGAUGGGUUUGAAGGGGAUAAUGGAGACACAGUUGAAGCACAUCAAUGGAAAUGUGUUCUUACUGUGGCUGGAAUUAGAAUUUUUGAGGAUGUUUCUGAUCACAAGAAUGGUAAGGGCGUCCUUGCAAAGUCUGUUGGUGUUAUUGAUGCAACUGCAGAUACUGUUUUUGAAGUGCUUUUCAAUAUUGAACAACAGAAAAGAUAUGAGUGGGAUAUGUUAGUUUGUGACUUAGAGCCUGUAGAUUCUUAUGAUGGACAUUAUGACGUUGUUUACGGGACAUAUGAUCCUAAGUAUCUAUCCCGGUGGCAUCCAAAGCAGGAUUUUGUCUUUUCUAGGCAAUGGUUUCGUGGACAAGACGGAGCAUACACAAUCUUGCAAUUUCCAGCUAUUCAUAAGAACAAGCCUCCAAGAUCUGGUUAUCGACGGGCAAAAAUUAAUCCAUCUACUUGGGAGAUCAGAAAUUUAAACACACCUAUGGCAUCAAAUAGCCCAAGAUGUCUAGUGACCCACACUUUGGAACUACAUUCUGCAUCCUGGAAUCGAUGGAAGAACAAACAGUGCUCAAAAUUUGAGAGGAGCAUUUCUUAUGCGUUACUGUGCCAAGUGGCAGGUCUAAAGGAAUAUAUCGCAGCCAAUCCAGCACUCCACCAAGAAAAUGCCACCACAAUAGUUCACUCCCAAAUAUCAGAUUCUUCCAUUUCCAGUUCUGAAUAUGAGGAUGAAGUACAAGAUGAGUUUUAUGAUGCAAUUGCUGCUGAAUCAUCGUCAUCGGGUGAAGAAAGUGACGACGAGGAGAAGCAUGAUCCAAAGGAGUCAAGAGUCAAACUAAAGAAUGUUUCAUGGGCAAUCACAUCCUUAGCUUUGAAGCGAACUACAGCUCCUGAUCUUAGUGGAGAAUUGGAUCCUCGCGUCACUCCUAUCACAUUCAAUCCAAGUGAUAUACAUGGUUCUUUGGGCAAAGGAAUGGAUGACAAGGACGCAAACUGUUGGACUUCUCCUAGUGGAAAAGGAUUUAUGAUUAGAGGAAAGAACUAUCUUAAAGAUAACUCUAAGGUAGUUGGAGGAGAUCCUCUUCUCAAGCUCAUAGCAGUAGAUUGGUUUACAGUCAACAAAUCUGUCGAUAGGAUUGCCCUGCAUCCAAAGUGCUUGGUUCAGUCAGAAGCCGCCAAAAAGCUUCCAUUCAUCCUUGUCAUCAAUCUCCAGGUUCCUGCUAAACCAAACUACAGCCUGGUUCUAUAUUAUGCAGCUGACAGGCCGAUAAAUAAAAAAUCUCUGUUGGCUAAGUUUGUUGAUGGAAGUGAUGUGUUUCGGGACUCAACGUUCAAACUUAUUCCAAGUAUAGUCGAGGGAUAUUGGAUGGUCAAGAGGGCUGUUGGAACCAAAGCUUGCUUGUUAGGGAAAGCCGUGACUUGUAAAUACUUCAGACAAGAUAACUUUUUGGAGAUUGACGUGGACAUUGGAUCAUCCUCUGUAGCUAGAGGUGUCAUUAGCCUUGUUCUAGGAUAUGUUACAAGCCUAGUCGUCGACCUUGCCAUUUUGAUAGAGGCACAACAAGAGGCGGAGCUGCCAGAAUACAUUCUUGGAACUGUCCGAUUAAACCGUUUGAAGCUUGAAUCUGCCAUACCAUUGGAGGUUUAA